AUGAGUAACAGAGAUGGAGUGAGCACGCCGCCUGCGGAGUGGAUGUUUGGGACGGAGUUGAGUGCGCCGCGUGUGUCCCCAUUGGCGCAGGUACCUCGUCGGGAGUACAGUUUGGAAUUGAAGGCGUUAUUCCGUCGGUACCGGAAUAACCCGUUUGCAAGUGCAUUGUCGAAGUGGGCUAGAGAGAUCCCGGAUGUUACUCAGUCUUGUUGGAUUAACGACCGAGGAGAGGAGGCGCAGCGACUGAGUUAUGCUGAGUGCAAUUUGCGUUGUCGCAAGAUUGCGGUUUAUUUAGGUCGUAAGAAGUUACGUCGUGAAGAUCGUGUGCUGUUAUGUUUCGUUCCAUCUCUUGAUUUCAUUACUGCGUUCUUUGGUUGCAUAAUUUCGGGGGUAAUAGCGGUCCCUGUUUACCCACCUCAGCCAGGUCGUGUGGACUAUGAAGUACCUCGUUUCUGUGAUAUUAUGGAUAAGGCUGAUGUUAGUGUAGCCUUCACUCAUGGAGUGGAUAAAAGGUGGAAGAAAAUUAACUGGAUUGAUAUUAAUGAGGCCUACAAAAGUGUUUCGGACGCAGAUGCUUACGCUUGGCAGGCACCUGAGUUACAUGUAAACAGUGUUGUCUUCUUGCAAUUCACUUCCGGAUCUACAUCAUCACCUAAGGGUGUGGUGGUUACACACGGUAGCUUACUACAUAAUGUUCAUGCCGCCAUACAUGCAUUCGGGUUACAUAAUAAGUAUGAGACCCCUGAUGAAGAAGCCAUAUGUGUCGACCAGUUUGACUACUUGAGUGAGAUGGAAGAGUUCUGGAAAUUGCGACACGGCAUAAGCGAACGCGUGUUCGGACAUCGACUAAAGAUAUUCUCAUGGCUGCCCGUAUAUCAUGACAUGGGCCUGAUUGGCUUCACGUGUUCUCCACUUUUCUUUGGUGGUAUUCUUUACCAGAUGUCACCCAUCGACUUUAUCCGCAAACCUCAUGUAUGGCUCAAGGCGAUGAGUGAUUACAACUGUGUGUACUGCGGAGCCCCCAAUUUCGCGUUUGAGGUAACAGCGAGGAAGAUGACCGGAGACAAGGCAACGAAAGAGGCCCUCGCCGCUUACCGGACCCUUGACCUGUCCAAGAUGUCUGGAUUCCUCUCGGGUGCUGAACCUAUUCGUGCCAGCACACUAAAACACUUCCACGACAGCUUCGCAUCCAAGGGCUUCCGCUACGGCAUGUACAAACCUUGUUUCGGUUUGGCUGAAAACACACUUAUUGUAUCCGGCGUCAUGGAUACCGCUUCGCCCCCAUUGGUGGUACAAAUUGAUGCAGAACUGUUGCGAACACAAGGCACCGUUAAGGUUCUUCGGUCCGGUCGCUUCCGGGAAGAAAAUGGAUGCGCCAAGUGCAGAGGACCGGUAGGCGCGGACCCGUGUGUCCAGUGUGUGGAAGCCGCCGUCUGGAACCAGGACUUGGCCCAGGUGGGUGACAGUCAGGCUGUCUUGACCUACGUGGGUUGUGGACGGCCGUGUCACGGCAUGGAUGUGCGCAUUGUGGACCCGGAACUACUCAGCGAGUGUCCUUCCAACCGUACUGGCGAGGUCUGGGUCGGUGGCGAUAGUGUUGCGCGCGGUUACUUUGGCGAGCCUGAGAAGACCCGCGAGGAGUUCUUUGCGCAGUUCCAACAACUGGAUACCCAAGGCGGUGACCCCGCAUUGGGUGAGGGUGGACGCAUCUCAGCCCAGGCAUAUCUACGCACUGGAGAUCGAGGCUUCUUGCACGAAUGCGAGUUAUUUAUUUGUGGCCGUAUUAAGGACCUGAUUAUUAUCCGUGGUCGUAACUAUUUCCCUCAGGAUCUUGAGGAGUGUCUGGAGAGCAUUCCGCAGUUGAAGCCUGGUAAUAUCGCGGUCUUUAUGUACCAAGAUGAGGGCGAAGAUGAGGAAGUCGCCGUCGCUGCUGAAUUGCGUGAACCCAAAGCCAUCGAUACCACUCCUGGUGGCACAGCCACUGUCGCCGCUACCGGCUAUUUCGGCUCGCUCCUGGACAAGGUCACAGGGGCGGACAAUCAACGCAGACUGAGGGAAACACAUGAGCAUGUCGCGAGACAAGUACAAAAGUGCAUCUCACAAAAAUUUGGACUCCCUGUUCGCAAGGUGUGGCUACUCAACCCACGAUGCAUACCCAAGACCAGCAGCGGCAAAAUCAGGCGAAACCCGACCAAGGAACAACUGCUUGAUAAGAACUCCAAAAGCCAGGCCGGAAUUGUGCUCGAAGUCGACUUCAAGUGCGAACCUACUAAGCGAUCGGCCAAAUCUCCCGCUGCCGCCGCGGCCGCGGAGGACGCGGAGUAUGAGUACGUGGAGCGGCAGGCGACUUCGCCUGACCGCGCUUUCCCGUUCCCCACAAACGCGUUUCCAACGAAUGAGGAGCCCUCUUCGCCGCGGGAAGGCAGGUCGCCUGAAGAGGGUGAGUCGCCGUACGCGUUGGGUGGUGCGUUCCCGAGUGAGUGUGCGCCGGCGGUAAUGGAAGGAGAGGGUUUAGCCCGAGAGUUGUCGAUGAUGGAUUUCGCUGAGUAUGAAGUUAACCUGGAACGUGUGCGCUCGGUGUUGGAUCGCUGUUGUCUCGAGGUGGCUAAUUUUGACGAAGUUCCUGCGUACGAUGCGCCUUUGCAUGAGUUGGGCGUUGAUUCUAUGACGGCUGUGGAGUUUGCAGAUCGGGCAGCUGAAUGGUUGGGCGUGGAUCUGGAGCCGACGUUGUUAUUUAAUUACCCUACGUUGGGCGACGUGUCUGAGUUUUUGGCGCAGUCUUUGACGGUGAGUGGUGCGCAGCUUCGUGCUCCGCCUAGUGUGGGUAUGACGAGCGCGCUAGUCGAGGGUGGCUUGGAAAUGUUGACUGGACUGGCGAUUGUAGGAGCCGCCUGCAAUCUGCCGGGCAAUGCAACUAGUUUGGACGCGCUCUGGCGUUCGUUGCGUCGAGGAGACGACUGCGUGGUUGAGGUCCCGCCCUCCCGAUGGGACGCGGACGAGUUCUUCAGCGCCGAUCCGGAUGCAGAGAACAAGAUGUACGUCCGGGAGGGCGGCUUCAUCGCGGACGCUGAGUACUUUGACGCGCCCGCCUUCAAGGUCUCCCCAUCGGAAGCCGCCGCCAUGGACCCUCUCCAACGCGGAUUUCUGGAGUGUGUUUACCAGGCCGUCACCGACGCCGGCAUCAGAAGGGAACAACUCGCCAAGGCAGACGUCGGUGUUUACGUUGGAAGUUGUUGCAAUGAGUGGUCCUUCGUUGACCGACUGACCCAGAUCGGUAGUUAUACAGCUGCUGCAACCGCGCCGAGUAUGGUAUCCAAUCGAGUUUCCUACACACUAGGACUUGUCGGUCCCAGUUUAACUGUCGACACCGCGUGUUCUUCCUCGCUCGUCGCUCUCCACAUCGCAGCACACGACCUUCGCAGCGGCGGCUGCGCCGCCGCUGUUGUUGGAGGCGCGAAUCUCCUCCUGGCGCCGCAAGUCUUCGUCGCCUUCUGUAAAGCCCGCAUGAUGGCACCGGACGCGCGCUGCAAGACUUUCGACGCCGCUGCGAAUGGAUACAUUCGAGGCGAGGGCUUCGCAGCCGUGGUGUUGAAACUUGCCUCGUGUGCGGUGCGCGAUCGCGACCAGACUCUCGCAAUCCUGCGCGGAACUGCUCUCAACCACGGCGGUCGUGCGGCUUCUCUCACCGCUCCGAACGGUCCGGCGCAGCAGGCAGUGGUUCGUUCUGCCUUGCGCGCUGCGCAACUGGAGCCUUGCGACCUGAACUACGUCGAGGCGCAUGGCACUGGCACCUCUCUCGGUGAUCCGAUCGAGGUGAAUGCACUCAAGACCGUUUUCGCACAUGGCCGAACCGCAGAUUACCCUUUAAUUCUCGGCGCUAUCAAGACGAACAUCGGCCAUCUCGAAGGCGCUGCCGGUCUUACUGGACUUCUGAAGGCCGUCUUGUGCGUCCGACAUGGACUGGUCCCACCUAAUCUGCACUUUCAAACAUUGAAUCCACACAUCGACACGAAGAACUUCCCAAUGACUAUACCCUGCGACGGACAGGCUGUGCCACUUCCUAGCGGUCUUUCCUAUCGAAAACGACUUGCGGGCAUUUCGUCCUUCGGUUUUGGUGGCACAAAUGCACACGUCAUCGUCGAAGAACCCGAAAGGUUGAUGCUCGGACGAGCCAGCGAAGUACCCGACCGACAGGCGCCGGAAGAAGUACUCGAUGUCGGCUACCUCUUCAGCGGCCAGGGCUCCGAGUCAGCACGUGCUGGCGCCGCGGCCGCUUAUGAUGACCAAUACUUGUUUAAGAGCGAAAUGGAACGCGUCAAGUACCUAUUCCAACGGGCUACCGAGCACGAUAAAAGUGUCCGGGUUAGCACUUCUGCCCAGAUUGUCGCUUCUGCUCAAACCGGGACUGCUGACACCCCCCGCGGUAGUGCGUACCGGGAGGUGGAGGAGUCAUUGUUCUCGGUGCAAUACGCCAUUGCGUGUGCGUGGGCUGCCUCUGGAGUGGAAGCUGAUGGUGUGAUCGGUGAAGGCGUAGGCGAAGUCGUUGCGGCAGUGAUGGCGGGCGUUAUGCAUUUGGAGGAUGCGGUAGCUUUCGUGGUUAGGAAAUGCGCGUUGGUUGAAGAAAUUGAGGGAGUGUGUGUCUUGCUGACGUCAGCGAGAGAAGACGUGGAAUUGGCACUGGCGGAGGUUGGACCGGGUACUGCCCAGAGCAUCGGAUUGGCCGCCGUCUAUGACGAGCGUUCCGUCCUUGUUUCGGGCCAGCGAGGCGAUGUGGACACACUGUUGCUGGCACUUGGCCAGGUCGGUGGUCGCGCGAGAUACUUGGAUUGCUGCCAUCCGCUCCAGUCGCCGCUUUACCGGGAAAGGUUUGGAGAGGAGUUCGAACGGUUUAUCCGACAGUCUGUUAAGCUUCACACACCCAAACGGAAGAUGUUAGCUCGCCAUGGCUCCUUUUUGUCUGACGAAGAAGCAGUUUCACCCAGCUACUGGGCCGGACACCUCUGGGACACGUUCUACAUUGGCGAGGCACUGAAGCAAAUCGUUAGCGCUGAUACCCGGGUACUAGUGGAGUUCAGCCCAAGUCUUAAACAUCAAGAUGUGCUGAACCAAAACGUCAAUCUUGCGGCUAUCGACCUCCAUUGGACCAACGUGUUCCACCCUCCUAAUGCUGACCAGGCGACUGAUUCCGCAACUGAGCCAGCUGUGUCCAGUGUGCAACGGCAGAUCGCGUUUUGCGGUCGUAUCCAAAAGGAGAUGCAUGAACGACGUGCGAACCGUGAGAUGGUGCAACGCUCGAGCAAGAGACUGCCCUACCCCUGGCGCCAGAUCCCUCACCCGAUUGCGGCAAGCAAGAACCUUACCAGUUUGCGGAACGGCGAUGCACAAUUCCGAGCGGUGCUGCCACUACGCACAAUCAGUCUACUAGCAGAUCACACUGUGAACGAUUUGCCCAUUUUGCCUGGCGCAGGCUACCUGGAGAUCUGCGCGGCCGCGGCGCAGAGUUUGGGUCUGGUGGAUCCGGUAUCGAGCGGGAUGACGAUCGAGAACAUGUAUAUCGAGUCACCGUUGGUGAUACCGACUGCAAAUCCGGGUGCUUUCGAAUUCGGUUCUACGCCUGUGCCUAGGGUCGGGGGUUCGACGCCCGACGAAGCCCAAUCCUCAUCGGCCGUCUCUCCUUCCGGGUCUGACUCUCCCUCAGGCGACCUGGACGUAGGAAAGGUGACACGGACGCCGAAGCGUGCAUUUCUGGACGAGUCUUCGCCGAGACAGGAUCUGCCGCGAUCGCCCUUGUCGUCGUUCCCGGCUUUGGAGGGCGCCACGGCGGCUGCCGUGGCUGUGGCGGCGCCAGAUCGAUCGAGCCCAGCGGUGAUGAUUUGCUGUACAGUCAUGCCAGACAACCGGAUUACUCUAAGCUCCUCGAGGGCGGAUGAACGUCUUGAACUGGUUCACACGGUAGCAACGAUUUCCGCAUCGCCGAACGUGACAGCGGCAGAGCCGCUGGCCGUUGGUAUUGAUGAGUGGUGGCACGAGGGUCCGUUUGAAGACGUGGGUGUUUUCUACAAGAGGUUGCGGUCCGUGGGUCUCCAGUAUGGACCGAGGUUCCGUACAGUGGUGAAAGUAUGUCGUCGUGCUCGCGAUGCUAUUGGGCAGUUGCGAGUGGUACCUUCCCCGAGCCAAAACAUGUCUGAGUUCGAGAAGGGCUACAUUGUGCACCCUACGCUGCUCGAUGGCGCACUCCAGCUUUCAGGACUAUUAUUGGAGACCGCAUCACCCAGCAAGAAGACUACAAUGGUCCCUGUCUCCGUCGGGAAGGGUGUACUCUUCCCUUCCAAGGGUCUGGGCGAGUGUUUCGCGCACUGCAGGCUCAUUGAAUUUGUUGACAACAAACGAGCAACCGUAACUGUCAGGCUGUACAACCGUUUUCAGCCAGGUGAAACACCUUUCGCCACCAUGGAAAACGUGGUGUUCGAAAAGAUGGAACUUCGCAACCAUGUACAAGCUGACAUACCACGUGAUCUCUUGUGGGUCCGCCAGUGGCUCGACAAGGAACUGGACACUACUGACGUCUCUGAAGGUAACAAAUUAUCGGAAGGACCUGGACCCUCCGAAGGCAGAUUGUCUGAGCCAAGCUCUGUCGGAGCUGGAGACCAACCCACUACGGAAAGUUUAUCCAGUUUUUUCGGCACCGGGUUCUUCUUACCUGCUGGCGCCACUUGGCUGCGGGAGGCACUGCCGGCCACCUGGACCGCAAUCGAAGUCCGAGACAUGCGCGACAGUGGUAAGGAUGUGGAGGCUGCUCUCGCCUCGGGUAAGUUCACUCACCUCUUCUCCGCCGUUGGGCUGGACCCCGAAACCAACGAGUGUGACGGCGUCGUCCAUGCCCUGCAGGCACUCCAGGCCUACAGCCGUUUCCGCACUUCGCCCGGUCGCAAGCACGUCACUCUCUGCUUCCUAACGCAAGGAGCUGUAGACGAUCCUACUGAACCAGCUGUGGAUGACUGUGACUGUGAGCCCGUAGUACCUCGACAUGCAGGUAUAUGGGCCACAGUCAAAACGGCCCGGCUGGAGAUCGAAAGUGCAACCGGCGAGACGGAGGAGGUCUGCUGCGUAGACCUCGAUCCCCGCGGUGGCAAAUGGACCAUGCAGAUCGAACAUGUUGCCGCUGUGUUGAAGCGUCUGGAGAACAAGAACGAGUGUGAAAUCCUCGUGCGUGCGCGACCGGCAAAGAAUUCGGCAACGGAGGGAAUCGAACCCACGACCUCGGCUGCGGAACAAACCGCGGUUUUGGAGGAAACUGGAACGGAACUCUCUCCCUGGAUAGUAAAGUUUGCGCGCCUGUCGGUCUACGGUGCCGGAAGGCGUACGAUAGGUCCGGUGGAGGUAGUAAUGCGUGAGCGCGGCGCACUGUCGAAUCUGAGUGUGCGGGCCAUGCCAUACGCGGCACGCACACCCCCGGCAGAAACUGAGGUAGAAGUACGUGUGAGAGCGGUUGGUCUCAACUUCCGCGAUGUACUCAACGUCAUGAACCUCUACCCUGGCGACCCGGGCGCGCCUGGCACGGACUUUGCUGGUACUGUGGUAUGCAUAGGUUCGGCGGUGACACACUUCAAUGUUGGUGAUGAUGUCUUCGGCAUCGCCCCCGGCUGUCUAAAACACUUCGCCACCACUUCCGAACAGCUCGUGACCAAAAUGCCGCAGACCAGCCCGUCAGGACAGGACCCAUCAGGGCAGACGAUGCCGUUCGAGUACGCAGCCGCACUCCCCGUCAUUCUGACUACCAUGUAUCGAGCACUGUGCGAAAUCGCACAGCUCCAGUCCGGGCAAAAGGUUCUCGUACAUGCGGUUACUGGAGGUGUUGGAUGCAUGGUUGCCGAAUACUGCCGUCGCGUGGGCGCUGAGCUUUAUGGCUCCUGUUCGGAGAAAAAGCGCGAGUUCGCACUCACCCAUCUAGGAGUCGAACGAGUGGGCGACUCGAGAUGCGCGAAGGACUUCCGUGAAACAUUCGCCGAUCUAACCGGCCAGGUCGACGUGGUUAUCAACUGCCUCACUGGUGCACACAUCCCGGCAUCCCUUGACCUGCUUAAGGAGGAUGGUGUCUUCAUCGAACUCGGCAAGCGCGAAAUCUGGCCUGAAGAGCGUGUUAGAGAGGUCAAGCCUCAUGUCAGAUACGAAGUUCUCGCCAUCGACGAAAUGGUUGCAGAGGAGCCGGAGGCAUACGGAGUCUUGUUGGGAAAUGCAGUCGAGUGGCUACAUAGUCAAGAGGACGGCAAAACUGCCGGUCCUUUGUUGCCGAUCAAAACCUUCCCGGUGGUGAGUCGGGGUGAAGAGGUGGUGGACGCGUUCCGGUUCCUGCAGCGCGCGAAUCAUUUGGGUAAGGUGGUGGUGACGUUCCCGUCUGCGGUAUGCGAAGAAGCACGAACGGGAGUGACUUUGGUGACGGGUGGAUUGGGGUCGUUGGGAUUGGUGUUGGGCAAUUGGUUGGUUGAGGAAGGUGUGAAGCGUCUUGUGUUGUGUAGUCGUACGGGUCGUGCGAGAAACCCGAACGAGCAGGAUGCCGUUCGCUUCCUGCAGUCGUUGCCGUCGGUAACAGUGGAGACCUUGGGUUGUGACGUGGCUGAUCGUGAUCAAGUGCGUCUGGUUCUUAGUUCCAAUGCCCCGGUCGUGGCGAUCUUCCAUUGUGCGGGUGUGUUGGCUGAUGGUAGUCUGCACCAACUCACUCCCAGUGCUGUGGAGGAGGUUUAUAGAGCGAAGGUCGAGGGGGCUUGGAACUUACACCGUGAGAGCGAGAACCUGGAGCCCGGUAGCGUGAAGCAAUUCGUACUAUUCUCGUCUAUGGCGUCGUUACUAGGUAACUAUGGUCAGUCUAACUAUGCAGCAGCGAAUGCGUGUCUUGACGCAUUGGCAUGCUACCGUUCCCGGUGUGGGUUGCCAGCACUGUCCGUGCAGUGGGGUCCUUGGGUUGAACAAGGCAUGGCGUCGAAGUUCCGUAACCAGUUGGAUAAGGUGGGGCUAAAGGGUAUUACUAACGAACUCGGUCUUCGUGUUCUAGCUGACCUCCUGAGACAGGGGCCGUCUGGAUCACCAGCAAAAGUGCUAUGUGGCUCCGAUGUGCCUGUCUCCGAUGGUGAGGUUAUCAGUCGCGCGCCAGUGGUAGGUUGUGUUGCAUUCAGGUUGUCUGAAUGGAUGCAGCGUUACUCCGCAGAGGUACCGCGGUUCUACGACAACUUGCAGCAGGCGGCGAUUGCGGAACAGACAGAGGAGGAUGGUGCAGGACUGUUGAAGCGGAUGAGUGCGGUGGAGAGGCGUGAGUAUGUUACGCAGUGCGUGGUACAGACAGCGAAGCAGGUGUUGGAUACAAGCGUAGUUCCCCCUUGGAUACGGCGUUGA